AAGCUGUUGCAGAGUAGCAAGAUCUCACAGUGCUUCUUCACGGGAAAUAGAAAGUAAACUUUUGAAUUUACUUUCUUUACCCAGUAACAGCAAUUACAAAUGUUAAAAGAGAUGGGAAGGACAAGCCUGGCUGUGCUAGUAAUUUUAUGUGUGUUAAGGACUGUUAAAGCUUUUGAAAUGGAAAUUAUACCUGCUGGGAGAAUCGUGGCACAGAUUGGAGACACACUCAUACUCACAUGCAAUACUACUGGCUGUGCAUCACCAAGUUUUUCCUGGAGAACACAGAUGGACAGCCCCCUUGGAGGAAAAGUCAGCAACUACAGGACACAUUCUACAUUGACUAUGGAUCCAGUUAGAGUUGUGAAUUCUCAUUCUUACCUUUGUACUGUCAUGUGUGAUGGCAGAGGGAUAAAGGAGAAGACUGUCAAAGUUGAACUUUACUCUUUCCCCAGUGAUCCUGUCAUUGAGAUCAGCCAGUCCUUAGUUGCCGGAGAACCAGCCACUGUCAUCUGUAAAAUUCCUGAUGUGUAUCCUUCUGACCACCUGGAAGUUGUCCUAAAGAAAGAUGAACAUGUUCUUCAUGAGAAACAUUUUUUUGAAGAUGACAGCACAAAUACAGAGACCAAAACUGUGACAUAUACAUUUCAUCCCACGGUUGAAGAUAUUGGGAAAGAGAUUACCUGUGUGGCCAAGUUACUAAUUGCUAAUAUGGGUUUUGAACCCAAUGAAAGAACAUCUUCUCAGAAAUUUAAUGCAAAUUUUGGUCCACAAAAUACUGUCAUUACUGCAUCUCCAGGCAACUCGCUGAUGGAAGGAGACUCUCUGAACCUCACUUGUGUGACUCAGAGUAACCCUCCAGCAAAAAUAGUUUGGAGUAAAUAUUUGGCUGAAGAAAGCAUUCAGCAUCUGAUAAAAAACAAUGUUCUUUCUAUUCCCCUUGUCCAUUUCAAUGAUUCAGGACGGUACAUCUGUGAAGUAAUUAAUCUGGUAACUAAUAAAAGAGAGAAAGCAACCGUGGACAUUCUUAUACAAGGUGCUCCAGUCAUUACAAAACUCUCCAUUGAACCUUCUACAACAGUUCAAGAAGGAGAAAAUGUUACCAUACAAUGUUCUGCUGAAAGUAACCCUCCUCCCAAGAUUAUUUUAAGGAGAAAAUCUGACAAUGCAGACAUGAGGCCUUACAGUGCCAGGAGUAUUCUUCUUCCAUCUGUGAUGUUCCAAAAUGGAGGAGACUAUGAAUGUCUAGCAGAAAACAAGUUUGGGAAGAGAAAAAGUGAAAUCACGCUUAAUGUGACAUAUGGACCAAGGAAUACAAUGAUCACUAUAAUACCCACUGCUGUUCUUAAAGAAGGAGAAACUGUGACAAUGAAAUGUACUAGUUCUGGUAAUCCAGCUCCUGUGAUCUCCUGGAAGAAAAAGAAGGCCACCGGGGAGUCUGAGAAAAUUUCUAAAAAUGCUACUUUAACUAUAUGGAACUUGAAAAGUGAAGAUCUGGGGCUUUAUGAAUGUGAAGCUCAUAAUCAAUUUGGCAAGGAAGAAAAAGCUGUGAAAUUAUAUGUUCAAGCAAGAUUGGAAGAAGCAGAUCAGAUGAUACCAUUGGUUAUUGCAUUCUCAUCUGUAGCAGCAGUAGCGGUACCUGCCGUUGCAAUUUUGAUAUACGUGUCAAGACAAGCAAAGAUCAAUGGAUCCUACAGUCUUGUAAAAGCACUCAGGUUGAAAGUUUGAUCAUGUGAAUAUAAGUUUGUAGUAGAUAAUAAGCACAUUUAUUUAUUGCUGUGACUGGUUCUAAUCUUCUGUAACAUAUGGUAACAAACAAGUGACUUAAGAACAGCACCAUGUGAUAGCAAAUGGGCUUAUUUUCAUGUUUUGAUAAGUGUUUUGGUAUUUAAAUUAAAGGAAGAGCUAGAAUCCUGACCUAGAAAUUGAUAAAUCACUUCUGUGUUGAAGCAUUCUGAACAAAGGGUUCUGUGGAGAGCUAGGUUUGUACAUAGUGUAUAGUUUGUAUUAUAAAUAUGUUCAACUAAAUAUCAGUUUGUAAAACUGAAGUCUUAUUGCAACUGUACAGAGAAAUUUUGUUAAUUCAAAGAUAUAAAUCAAUAUUGAUUGAGCUGAUCAGGUGAUUUUUAUUUUGUAUUACUCUGCAGCAUGAAUGUUUUUUUAUAUAAUUUGUCUGUGGUAAUGUCUGGAAAAUGUUCUCUUUUCACUGAUAUUGCCAUAAACUCUGUACCUUCCGUGAAGUUACACAAUCACUGGGCUAUGCAUUUCUAACAAAUUUAAACUAAUUUAAGCCUUUGAGGUUCAUUUGUGAAACAUUUUAUUUUAAAUAUUAUUAAAAAAAAUGUCUGGUGUUAUAAUCUAGUAAAUUCUAGGACUGCUAUGGUAUUCUUGCUCACUUCAGUCAUUCUCAGAUCAAUGUCAGAAUUCCAUUAUUUUGUGAUGAACCAAGUCAGACCCUUCUUGUAAAAUACAAGCAGAUUUUAAAUAUGCUUUACAGAUUUCCACUGCAAAAUAAAACUACCAGUAGAUU